AUGCCUACCUCCUUAGAGUCAGCGCGGCCGAUCAUGGCCCCCUCGGCCCACACCUCUGUUCGUUUCAGCACCUACAGCAUGGCCCCGUCGUAUGCCCCAACCGUUCGCACCACCGACUCCGCAACAGCCGAGAUCCAAACCAUUGAGAAGGGCCUCGACCGUAUGGAGAACAAGGCUCUCCAGCAACAACGGGUUGUUCUCAACGAAGAGAAGACAGCCGUCUUCCAGAAGCUUGCGUUGGGGGCCAAACUCGACCGCGCUCUCGACCGUCGUAUGACUGGACAAGAUGCGGAGAUGCGUCUGCCCCGGACCAAGAAGACGGAGGAGACAUUUAAUGAGAAGGAGAAAAACUAA